UAGGCAGAUAUAAGAUGUCUAAACUCAUUACUUAUGAACAAAGGAUAAUGGGAACAUCCAAAGGAUAUCCACAUAUAGUUUUUCAUGAAGUAAAGGGAAAAUAUUUAUGGACAAAAGGGGAUUGAACUGAAAAAUAGUACCUUGGAAAUACCAUGGAAAGGAAGGAAAAAAAAUGCAGUGGCAACAGAGAACUCUGCCUUACUCAGAGAUCCCUAGAGAACCCCCCUCCCCCUCUCCAGGGGCCCCUUCAGAAUGUUGGGCUUCAAAGAAUGAGCAGAUUAACAAGUAUCAGGAGUCAUUUGGCCUGGGGAGAAUAAAGGAUAAUUUGCCUGCAUUAAACUACUGGCUGAAUCACUACAGGUCUUCUAUUUGGGUCAUCUCUGCAUGACCAUCAAAGAAAUUUAGCCAAGAAAUAUAAUAGUUGUUGCUGUUGAAAGAAAUUUCUGUACUGUAGAUACUACCAAAGGUCAAGAGAGAAGCAAAAAUAGGAAGAGAAACAGCCUGAAGGCCCUAAGAUUCACUUGGUCAGCAACCACCCAUGAAGGAACCAACAUAGAUCUGGAGAUAAUACCCAAGUCUCUAAAAGAGGCUUGUCAGAGAGCAGCUGCUGCUAGGAAUAGACUUGUGUUACCAACGAAUUCAUUAGGACCAUGUUGGUGGCAGAAUCACUGAAAGAGUCUACCACAGUCCUACCUUUACAGAAAAAGCAAGUGGCCUUGGAUGAAGUUAAGAUAAGGUUUCAGAUUUGGGAUGCUCAAAAGUGGAAAUGGAGGAUAAGGCCAGUACCAAGACGUUCAUGUUUUGUGUUAAGGAUCUUCAUGCUGUUGAUAAUACUUCUACCCAGCAUGUACAGUUUAGAACCAGUGCAUUACUCUUCCUAUGAAAUAGUCGUCCCCAGGAGUCUGACAGUCAAGGGAAGCGAAGCCCCAGGGGAAAAGACCACUUACCUGCUGCUUAUGCAAGGCCAGAAGCAGCUAGUUCACCUGAAGCCAAAGAAAGACUAUUUGGUGGAUGAUUUUCCAGUCUAUAGUUACCACAAUGGCACCCUGGGGCAAGAAAUCCCUUCCAUCUCACAUGACUGUCUCUAUGAAGGCUACAUAGAAGGAGCACCAGGUUCGUUUGUGUCUGUCAGUACCUGUUCAGGUCUCAGGGGCAUCCUGAUUAAGGAGGAAAGAGCCUAUGGCAUUGAGCCCAUACCAUCCUCCAAGAAGUUUGAGCAUGCGCUAUACACCACAGCACAUCAGGCUCCAGUCUCCUGUAAGGUCUCUGCCAAAGACAGCCAAGCGGUGUCCACCAGCUGGCAGCCAGGGAGCGGGAAGCCUCCCGAUCUACAGGCUCUGUCCUCCUUGUGGUCACACACCAAGUACGUGGAAAUGUUUGUCGUGGUCAACAACCAGCGGUUCCAGAUGUGGGGCAGUGAGGUCAACGAGACAGUGCAGAGAAUAGUGGACAUCAUUGCUCUGGCCAACGUCUUUACUCGAGGAAUAAACACAGAGGUGGUGCUGGCUGGGAUGGAGAUUUGGACCGAGGGGGACCUGAUAGAGGUGCCAGUGGACCUGCGAGUCACACUCAGGAACUUUAAUCGCUGGAGACAAGAGGAGCUGUUCCCUCGUGUGAGGCACGAUGUCGCCCACAUGAUCGUUGGGCAUCAUCCUGGCGAGACCUCGGGUCAGGCAUUUCUCAACGGAGCCUGUUCCAGUGGCUUUGCGGCGGCUGUCGAAGCCUUCCAUCACGAAGAUGCUCUCCUGUCUGCAGCGCUCAUGGCCCACGAGCUUGGGCACAACCUGGGUGUCCAGCAUGACCACUCAGCCUGCGUUUGUAGAGAUAAGCACUUCUGCCUCAUGCAGGAAAAUAUCACUAAAGAGAGUGCCUUCAGCAACUGCAGCUCUGACUACUUCUACCAUUUCCUUCAUGAGCACAGAGGGGCCUGCCUAUUUAACAAACCACAGCCAAAAGGCCGCAGACGCAGGGAUGCCAACUGUGGAAACGGCGUGGUGGAGGAGCUGGAGCAGUGUGACUGUGGUUCUGCUUGUGACAGUGAUCCAUGCUGUGAACCAACAUGUACACUGAAGCCGUACGCAGAAUGUAGUCAGGGACUCUGCUGUGACAACUGUAAUUUUAAAGAACGGGGGGAUGUAUGUCGUUUUGCUCAUGAUGAAUGUGAUCUCUCUGAAUACUGUGAUGGUACAUCUGAAGAAUGUCCUGCAGACAGCUACAAGGAAGAUGGCACAUUGUGUAACAGAAUUUACUAUUGCUUUGGGGGUGAGUGUAGGGACCCCGACCGACAGUGCCUGAAUCUAUUUGGCUCUCCUGCAAGAUCUGCCCCUGAGGGCUGUUACUUGUCAAUAAACGGUGAAGGGAACCGUUUUGGAAACUGUGGCCGUCCCACUAAGGAUAAUCAGGAAUAUAUUCGUUGUCAUGGUAAUGAUAUAUUUUGUGGAAAGCUUGUGUGUACAGAUGUUGCAGUCUUGCCACCAAUGUUGUCGAAUUAUACAGUGAUCCAGGUUGCUCAUGGAAAUGACUGGUGCUGGAGCAUGGAUGCCUAUAACAGCACUGAAUAUGAUGUGGAAGAUGGCAGCCUUUGUUCCUCAGAUAAUUUAUGCAUUAAUUACAUCUGUACUCAAUAUUCUAUAUCCCACCAAGAGUGUGAUUCUGAGUUACUAUGUCAUGGGAAUGGAAUAUGCAACAAUUUAAAACAUUGCCAUUGUGAUGAUGGCUUUGCACCCCCUGACUGUGUAUAUCCAGGAAACGGGGGUAGCGUGGACAGUGGUCCUAUUGUUAAGUCACCUGAGAAAAAAUUAAGUACAGCUCUCCCUUUUUUUACUAUUCAGGCUAGAGAGAUGAACCUCAGAAUGAUAAUACUCAUAGUCCCUUCAUUUCUUGUACUUUUACUAUGUUCUCUACUUGUAAUUGCUUAUCUCUGGUCUGAAGUAGAGGAGGUGGUGGCGUCAGAGAAAUCAGAGGAAUCAUUUGAUUCUUCAGAAAUCCCAUCAGAAGUGUCAGAGGAGGCCCCACCACCAGAGGAAGCCCCUCCACCCGAGGAGGCCCCACCACCUGAGGAGGCACCUCCACCGGAGGCCCCGCCCCCCGAGGCUGCCCCACCACCGGAAGAAGCACCACCACCACCACCACCACCGGAGGCCCCGCCACCACCACCAGAGGCCCCACCACCACCACCACCACCACCACCGGAGGCCCCGCCACCACCACCAGAGGCCCCACCACCACCACCACCACCACCACCGGAGGCCCCGCCACCACCACCAGAGGCCCCACCACCACCGCCACCACCGGAGGCUCCACCACCACCCCCUGAGGCACCUCCACCCACAUAG